AUGGCAACGGCACCGACUGCGGCUGCCAUUGAUGGCAAAUACUCAGCGACGAGCGGUUCGAAUAUACGGUCCAACUUGCGUCACAGCCAACAACGGCCUCCGAACACCCCACAUACUCCGCAGCAUUCGCGAGGGAUAUCUUCAUUCGCCAGCACUUCAUCACAGGGCUCUUUACGGAAUGACGAAGACGCGAUAAUCUUCGAAAUUGGCUCCCGAUGGUUACGUGCUGGGUUCGAGGGUGACAGCACCCCUAUGUGCAGCGUGGGGUUCGGACCGGAAGAGUCGAGACGUGUUGGAGACUACAGAGGCUGGGCGAGGAAUAACAGCUCACAAGCGGAGGAGAAGACUCGACAGGAGCCUGUUGAUCCAGACUUUUGGGCUAGUCCGUAUGAGCUCUGGCGAAUGGACCUGCGAGAUAUGGAUCUGGGGCUAGUGGAGGAUAGAAUCGAGCGUGCGUUUCGAGAGACGUACAACAAGUACCUGUUGACUGAUGCUGGCACGUCACGGCUGGUGCUUGUUCUGCCUUCUCUCAUGCCCCAUCCGUUGCUGUCUUCUGUUCUUUCGACUCUCUUUAGUCGAUGGCGGUUUCCGAGCAUCACACUUUUGCCUGGCGCAGCCAUGGCUACCGCGGCAGCUGGACUGCGGGCUGCUUUGGUCGUGGAUAUUGGAUGGGCGGAAACAACUGUCACUGGUGUCUACGAAUACAGAGAGAUUGCCAUCAAAAGGAGUACGCGAGGAAUGAGGUCAUUGACGACAGCGAUGGGAAGGUUUCUCUCCCGACUCGCCAGGAAGGAUAAUAAUGAAGCCCAGGAGGGUCAGCCAGCUGCAUUGGAAGCCAUAUCAGUCGACUUUGAGUAUUGUGAAGACGUCGUCAACCGCUUCGCAUGGUGCAGGCCUUGUGGACACGACGAAGAAAGCACCGGACAAGACGAAGAAGAACCAAGCGACCCACGACUGGUCUCUAAGAAGAUAGUUUCAAUCCCAUCGCCAUCUACACCCGGGUUGAACUAUAUCGAGCUUCCCUUUGGCUCCCUAGCUGAACCUGUGGAACAGGCGCUCUUUGCUCAAGGGUUAGCAGACUGCGUCCUGGAUGACCAGGAGAAGCCACUACAUGUGGUAGUCUACAACACUCUUCUAGCGCUCCCUCCCGAUAUCCGAGGAACGUGUAUGUCUCGUAUCAUUUUUGUGGGCGGAGGAGCACAUAUUCCUGGUAUCCGGCGCCGAACCAUACAAGAAGUGCAAGCCCUGGUCGAUCAGUACGGCUGGAGUCCCGUACGCGGCAAGGUGGUCGACGAGCAACUGCGGAAGCUGCAAGAUCUGCGGCUUUCGAAACAACCGCCACCUGCGGCGCAGCAGCCGGAGCCGACCCACGAGGAGAAAGCAGAAGAGCAAGACUUUGUGGAACAGAAGCUGCGCCGAAACAACAGAGACAAGGAUCUCAAGCCUUUCGUCCAUGGGAUGCUUCGCGAUGUCGAAUCGCUCGGCGCCUGGGCGGGCGCCAGCCUCGUCACUGCUCUCAAAGUCCGCGGUCUUGUCGAAAUCGAACGAGAAAAGUAUGUGCAACAUGGCCUAGCUGGCGCAAGUCGGGAUCUGGACACGCAUGUCCCGGAUCGACGGUCUGGACUGCGAGCGGGAGAUCGAUCGAGUUGGACGCUGGCAGGUUGGGGAUGA